AUGGAUAUUGCUGGGUUUGUUUUGCUUCAGCUAUGGACUGCUACUUAUCUCCAGAAUGCAGGUUGGCUGAAGAUACUGAUGGUGGCCUAUUUUUUUGGCUCUUUUCUAAACCACAAUCUCUUCUUAGCCAUUCAUGAGCUCAGUCAUAAUCUCGCCUUCUCUACUCCAGUCUACAACCGCUGGCUUGGGAUUUUUGCUAAUCUCCCUAUUGGUGUACCAAUGUCGGUCACUUUCCAAAAGUACCACCUUGAGCAUCAUCGCUUCCAAGGGGUGGAUGGAAUCGACAUGGACAUCCCAAGCCUCACUGAAGCCAAUAUCGUGACAAAUGUUGUUGCAAAAUUUAUAUGGGUCAUCUUCCAACUCUUCUUCUAUGCCCUUCGGCCUCUCUUCCUCAAACCAAAACCCCCUGGUAUGUGGGAGUUCGUCAAUUUGAUCAUCCAGCUAGCCCUUGAUGCAGCCAUGGUUUACAUUUGGGGCUGGAAAUCUUUUGCCUAUAUGAUCCUGUCCACAUUCGUUGGGGGCGGUCUCCACCCAAUGGCUGGUCAUUUUAUCUCAGAACAUUAUGUCUUCAAGCCAGACCAAGAAACAUAUUCGUGCUACGGCCCCUUAAAUCUUAUGACAUGGAGUGUGGGUUACCACAAUGAACACCAUGAUUUUCCUAGAAUUGCAGGGAACAAGCUUCACAAGGUGAAGGAGAUUGCACCAGAGUAUUACAAGAAUUUAGAGUCAUAUAGAUCUUGGAGCCAGGUCAUUUACAUGUAUAUCAUGGAUCGGACGGUUGGACCCUUUAGCCGGAUGAAGAGAAAAUUGUCAACAAAGGCCACUAAGAAAACUGAAUAG